AUGGACGUGGCCGGGGACCCAGCCGUGGACGCGGACGUGGUGGAAGGCGGGGAGUGGGAAGUCGUUGUCGGGUUGAUGACCACGGAUUAUCCCGGAUUGAAAGAAAAAGAUAUAGUGGAGAUCUAUCACCCAGAUAUAAUAAUUAAAUAUGGGCAAGAUCCAGAAAAUACCCAAACGCAGACGCAGAAUUCUCAAUUCUGCGUCUGCAUGGCGGACAACAUCCGCAAGAUUCUGCCGGGUCUGAUCAACACGUACCUGUACCCGGCGCUGACGACGCUCCGGGGACGGCUGACGGAGAUCGUGGCAUCCAUCGACUCGGCGCUGGUGCUGAAGUUCCUCGAGCUGCUGGACUUCCGGCUGCGUCCGCUCACCGGCAAGGACGACCGUCCGCCGCCCGCCGCUGGAUUCCUCGCGCUCAUGCCUCGCCUGGCGCCGUGCUGGGUGGUGUGGGCGGUGGUGUGGUCGGUCGGCGCCACCUGCGACCACACCGGCCGCGCCAUCUUCUCGGAGUUCAUGCGAGAGAUCACAGCUGAGAACGGACUCAAGCCGCCCUUCCCCAAGGAGGGGCGCGUCUAUGACUACACGUUGCAUGACGGUGGGUUUACAGACCCCACGGACGACGGCGAGCCCGCCAAUCCGUUCUGGUACAACUGGAUGGCCAACCUGGAGCCGUAUGAAGUAGACCCUGAGUGGCAGUUUGCGGAUAUCGAAGUGCCGACGCUGGACAAUGUUCGUAGCGCGGCGCUGCUCGGGUUCAAGGUGGCGAACUACAACCACGUGGUGUGUGUGGGGCCCACCGGCACCGGCAAGACCGUCACCAUCACCUCCAAGCUGUCGCGAGGGUUGCACAAGAAGUUCAUCUGCGAGUUCAUCGUGUUCUCCGCGAGGACUUCCGCCAAUCAGACACAGGACGUGAUCGACAGUAAGCUGGAGCGGCGCCGGCGCGGCGUGUUCGGUCCGCCGCCCACCAAGCGGCAGGUGUUCUUCAUCGACGACCUCAACAUGCCCGCGCUCGAGGUGUACGGCGCGCAGCCUCCCAUCGAACUGCUGCGCCAGUACAUGGACUUCUCCGGUUGGUACGAUCGGCAGAGCAUCGGCGACUUCAAGACGCUGGUGGACGUGAGCAUCGUGGGCGCGAUGGGUCCGCCCGGGGGAGGGCGCAACCCCGUCACCAUGAGACUCAUGAGGCACUUCCACUACAUCUCCUUCACAGAGAUGGAGUACGCUAGCAAGUACGCGAUCUUCAACGUAAUCCUGUGUUCGUGGACUCGCAACUUCGAGAAGGUGACCAUCCGAGAGCCGCCGUUCCUGAAGGCGUCCAUCGAGAUCUUCAUGGCGCUGGUAGAGGAGCUGCUGCCCACGCCGGCCAAGUCGCACUACACCUUCAAUCUGCGGGACCUCAGCAAGGUGUUCCAGGGCAUGCUGAUGCUGGACCCGCGCUGCGUCAAGGACGAGGAUGACGUCAUCCGGCUAUGGUACCACGAGCACCAGCGCGUCUAUCAGGACCGGCUCGUCAAUAACGAAGAUCGACAGUGGUUUGUCAAUUUGCUGAACAAGAAGAUUCGCACGGAGUUUGGCAAGAAGUCGUCGGACGUGAUUGGCGGCAGGCUGAUGCUGUUCGGAGACUUCAUGGAUCUCGGCGCCGAGGACAGGAAAUAUGUCGAGAUCGUGGACAGGGCGGAACUGCAGGCCAUGCUGGAGCACUACCUGGCGGAGUACAACCUGUCGUCGACGGCGCCGCUGGAGCUGGUGCUGUUCCCGGACGCGGCGGCGCACCUCUGCCGCGUGGCGCGCAUCGUGCGCCAGCCCAUGGCCAACGCGCUGCUGCUCGGCAUGGGCGGCUCCGGUCGUCAGUCACUGUCGCGGCUAGCCGCGUUCAUGGCGGAGCUGACGUGUGUGCAGAUCGAGAUCACCAAGUCGUACGGACAGGCGGAGUGGCGCGAAGACCUCAAGCAGACCAUGCUCAAGGCCGGAGCGGAGAACAGGGGCACCGUGUUCUUGUUCUCCGAUGCACAGAUAAAGAUGGAGUCGUUCCUGGAGGACCUGAACAACAUCCUGAGCUCUGGUGACGUGCCCAACAUCUACGAGGCGGAGGACCUGGACCGCGUGUACAUGUCGGUGCGACACGCGGUCAUGGAAAUGAACCUGCCGGCCACCAAGACCAACCUGUUUGCUUGUUACCAGCGUCGCGUCAAGACCAACCUGCAUAUCGUCAUCGUCAUGAGCCCCAUUGGGGAGAUAUUCCGCGCCCGGCUGCGCCAGUUCCCGUCCCUCGUGAACUGCUGCACCAUCGACUGGUUCAGCGAAUGGCCCAAGACGGCGCUCGAGUCUGUCGCCAACUACUUCUUCCACAACAUGCCGCAUCUCACCACCACCGACGAAGUCUACGAGUCGAUGGUGUCGGUGUGCUGCUUCGCGCACCAGAGCGUGGUGGAGGCGAGCGCGCGGUUCCUGGCGCAGCUCAGCCGCCUCAACUACGUCACGCCCAUGUCCUACAUGGAGAUGCUCGCCGCCUACGCAGACAUGUUCAAGAAGAAGCAGCGCGACAUACAGACGGAGUCCAACGCACUCAAGACCGGACUCGACAAGCUCAACCAGACUGAGGUGGAGGUGAAGCAGCUGCAAAUCGACCUGGCGGAGCUGAAGCCGAUGAUGGAGCGAGCCGCCGAGGAGACCAGGAAGGUCAUCGAACAGAUUGCUAUCGACACGGCGAUAGCGGAGGAAGCUCGUAUAAAAGUGGAGAAGGAGCAAGCGGUGGCUGAGAAAAUGGCCACAGAGACCACUGCCAUGGCGGAGGACGCGCAGAGGGAUUUAGACGAGGCGCUGCCGGCGCUGCGCGCGGCGGAGCAGGCGCUGCAGGAGCUCAACCGGAACGACAUCGUCGAGGUCAAGGCGAUGAAGAAGCCGCCCGGCGGCGUCGUGCUCGUCAUCGAGUCGCUCUGCGUCGUCUUCGACAUCAAACCUAUCAAGGAACCGGGCGCGUCGUUCGGUGAGAAGGUGUUGAACUACUGGAAGCCGGGCUCACAGAUGCUCGCCGACCCCACCGCCUUCCUCGACUCGCUCAUGAAAUACGACAAAGAGUCCAUCACCGAGGACAUGAUCAAAAAACUCAAGAAGUUUGUGCAGAACCCCGAUUACGAGCCCACCAAGAUUGCUAAGGUGUCGAAGGCGUGCAUGUCGCUGUGCAUGUGGGUGCACGCGAUGUAUAAGUUCUACCACGUGAACAAGGCGGUGGCGCCGAAGAAGGCGGCGCUGGAGCAGGCCACGCGCGACCUGCGCGCCGUGCAGGCCGUGCUCGCCGCCGCGCAGGACAAGAUGCAGGCGCUGCUCGAGGGCAUCGCCAAGCUCAACGCCUACCUGCAGGAGAAGGAGGACGAGAAGCGCAAGAUGGAGGACGACAUCAACCUGUGCCUCGCGCGGAUGGACCGCGCCAACAGGUUGUUGAACGGCCUGUCGAGUGAGCGCGUGCGCUGGAUCAAGACCAUCAAGGAACUGGACGUGGCCAGCGUCAACCUCAUCGGCGACAUCCUGCUCAGCGCCUGCGCGGUGGGGUACAUCACGCCCUUCACCGACGAGUACCGACGCGAGCUCCUCGCCGAGUGGAUCCAACACAUGCAGGAGGUGGCGGUGCCGCACACGCCGGGCGCCACGCCGCUCUCCAUCCUCGGCGACGCUGUACAGAUCAGGACGUGGCAGAUGUACGGGCUGCCGCGCGACCCGCUGUCGGUGGAGUCUGCCGUGCUGAUGAUCAACUCGCGCCGCUGGCCGCUCAUCAUCGACCCUCAGACGCAGGCCAACAAGUGGAUACGAGCUAUGGGCAAGAUUGAGGGUUUGGUGGUGUGCAAGCCGAACGACCGCGACCUACUGCGCAACUUCGAGUCUGCGUUGCGAUUCGGCAAACCCAUCUUGCUCGAGAACGUGGGCCAGGAGUUGGACCCCGCGCUAGAUCCCGUGCUCAAGCGUCAAUACUUUCGCCAAGCUGGGCAGCUCGUUCUGAAGCUGGGCGAUUCUUUGAUUCCGUACAUGCCGGGCUUCCGACUCUACAUGACCACCAAGCUGCCCAACCCCAAGUACACGCCAGAGACCUCCGUCAAGGUGCAGAUCGUCAAUUUCGCCCUGGUACCCAGUGGCCUGGCGGAGCAGCUGCUGUCGAUCGUGGUGGCGCAGGAGCGGCCCGACCUGGAGGAGCUGCGCGGCGCGCUCAUCGUGUCGCGCGCGCAGAUGGCGGCGCAGCUCGCCGACAUGCAGGCCGCCAUCCUGCACGGCCUCUCGCACUCCGAGGGCUCGCCCGUCGACGACCUGCCGCUCAUACUCACGCUGGAGGCCAUCAAGAUCAAGAGUGCUGAGAUACUUAUAAAAGUGGAGGAUAUGGAGCGCACGACGCUGGAGAUCGAGGAGGCGCGCAGCGGGUACGUGCCGGUCGCCAACCGCGGACAGAUCCUGUUCUUCUGCUUGUCGGGCAUGGCUGGGGUUGACCCCAUGUACCAGUACUCGCUCGAGUGGUUUGUCAAGCUGUUUAUCAGGAGCAUGGCGGAGACUGAACCCAACGAGGACAUACUGGAGCGCGUGGAGACGAUAAUCGCGCACGUGACGUUCCUGGUGUACGUGAACGUGUGCCGGAGCCUGUUCGAGCGCCACAAGCUGCUGUUCGCGUUCCUCGUGGCGCGCGUGCUGCUCGACCGCGGCGCCAUCCGCGCGCACGAGUUCAACUUCCUGCUCAACGGCGCCAAGAUCGAGGAGGAGCUAGAGAACCCGGACCCGAAGUGGGUAUCGGAGCGCAUGUGGCUGGACAUGCAGCAGCUCGCCACGCUGCCCACCAUGAAACAAUUUGUUACCGUCGACUUCUUGCAGCAGAUCAAGUUCUUCAAGACAUUCUAUGAGGCGUGGAACCCGCACAAGAUGCCGUACCCGAAGCCUCUGGACACCCAGCUGGACGUGUUCCAGAAGCUGUUGGUGUUGAAGUGUAUGCGCCCUGAUAAACUGGUGCCGGGACUGCAAGACUACGUGGUGUGGGGUCUGGGCGGGCGGUUCGUGGAGCCGCAGCCGGCGGACCUGGCGGCGCUGUACGCGGAGUCGGACCCUCUCGCGCCGAUCAUCUUCGUGCUCUCCGCCGGCACCGACCCCGCCGCAGACCUGAUGAAAUUCGCGGAGAAGAUGAAGAUGAACAAGCGUUUUGAGAGCAUAUCGUUGGGGCAGGGACAGGGGCCGCUCGCCGAGGCCAUGAUGAAGGUCGGCUGCGACUUCGGCAACUGGGUCUUCUUCCAGAACUGCCACCUGUCUCCGUCGUGGAUGCCGGUGCUGGAGCUGAACGUGGAGCACAUCUCGCCGGAGCACGUGCACAAGGACUUCCGUCUAUGGCUCACCUCCAUACCCUCGCCACACUUCCCCGUCGCGCUGCUGCAGAACGGAUAUAAGAUGACGGUGGAGCCGCCGCGUGGCAUCAAAGCCAACUUGCUGAAGGCGUACAUGAACCAAGUGCCGGACUUCGUCGAUUACUUCAACUCCACUGACGCGAAGGUGCCCAAUUUCAAGUGGUUGUUGUUCUCGCUGUGCCUGUUCCACGGCGUGGUGCUGGAGCGCCGAAAGUUUGGACCGCUGGGGUUCAACAUCCCUUACGAGUUCACCGACGGCGAUCUGCGCAUCUGCAUCUCGCAGCUCCACAUGUUUCUCAAUGAGUACACCGAGGUGCCGCUCAGGAUGCUGACGUACACGGCGGGGCACAUCAACUACGGCGGGCGCGUGACGGACGACUGGGACCGGCGCUGCCUGCUGUGCCUGCUCGGCGACUACUACGCGCCCGCCGUGCUCAGCGAGCGCGCAGUCUUCGACGAGUCCGGCGCCUACAAGCAGGUACACACGACUUAUUACUACACAUUGCGCAUACUGGCGUGACUCAGAGAUCAAUGUUACAUCAUUAUCACUUUGGAAUCAGUUAGGCGUUUGUAAAUGUUUUUUGUAAACCAACAGAUUCCAUCCAAUUACUUGUUUUAAGAUUUUUGUAUUAGGUAAGUACUCAAGUUGUGCUGAUCAAGCAUGCUUGCCUUGUUCUAUUGAUACAUCACUCUUACUCUUAUCGCGGGACAAUGGCCGAAUAAAGCUUUUCCUGCACCUGAUUCAUCAUCUCAGCCACAGGAAGUCCACUG